AUGUCAGAAGCAGCAUCCAGCUUGUAUGCACCUCGGCAGCCCCCUCAGCCGUCGCGAUCCCAUCAUCACGCGCAACCCAGCCGAGCCGGCAGCAAGCCUCCGCGGCUUUUCGACCCAAGAAAAGACAACCAGCAUCACUUUGGCGUCAUGGCCCGCCCACAACCCAAUGGCGGCACUGCUCCGACACCCAACGGUUGUCCUGCACCCACACCAAAGUCCUCCGGAGACUGGAUGUCUGCCUCUUCUACUUCUUCAUAUGCUCAUUCAACAAUUUCCUCCAAUUUCACACUCAACACCACAACAACAGAGUCCUCGGUGAGCUUGGCACUGUUCAAUAACAGGCAACGCUCAGAAGACAGCGCAGCAUUGUCCAACGUGCUCUUGUCCCAACUAAAAUUGUACCAGAAAAUUGUGACGCUCGAAGCAAAGCUCCAGUUGGAUCAUGAUGUGGACAUGCUGGAUGACACUUACAAAGAUUCACACCAGAUAGGCCUGCUGCAGAAGGGCCAACCUGCAAACACCAGGACGAAGCAGGAAGAGAAGGCGGAACAGGAGCGCUACCACAGGACUGUCCAAGACCACAAGGAGCUUGCCAACGUCAUCCACCAGCUCCUUUGUGUAACACUCUCGCCCAAUGUCCCAGUCUUGCUCCGCAAUAUUCCUAUCAAAUACAACCUGGUCACGCGCCUCUGGUUGCAUGCGUUCUAUCGCCUGCUCGAGUCGCUUCGGCGAGCGGCGAUUUUGUCUGCCCAUCUGGACAUUGCACUUGAAAACCUGGUGGAAUUCAUUUACUACACCUACUCAUUCUACACAGGCCUCAUGGACAAGCAGCACCUGGUCCAUCUCCGCAGCAACUGGACUGAACACCUGAGAGACAUCACUGGCUAUCGCAUCACCGCCACCGCUUUGCUUGACAACCAGGCUGUGCCCAAGAUCCUGCUGGCGAAAGCCAUAAUUCAAGCUGCACUUUCAGGCAAUCAUCUUUCCACUAGCCUGAACACACCGGAAGCAUCAGAGCUCUCAAACAAAAACUUUGCAUCUGCCCACGGUUCUCCUGCUUCUGUGGUGUGCAUCGACGACUCGCCCCCACCAUCUGUUGGCAAAUUUGCACAAGCGCCGAGCAUUGCAUGCAUGAUGGAGCUCAAACCUGAGGAGUGCUGGCAGCAGAUAUCAAGAGAGCGGCAUGCCAAGGGUCCGGCAGGCAUGAUUGCGCUCCAUCCGUUCUCGACCUCGCGGGAAGCAGUGCUUCUCCUGUGGUCGCAAGUUGCUCAAUCGCGCCGCCAAGCAUCUGACGCGAGUCUCACUGACCUCUUCGUGCUCCUUCCCGGCAUGAUCCCCACCGAUAUCCAGCUCAACAACUUCAAGGGUGUUCUGGUGCAGUUUGAGGAAGAGUUCCAGAUCGAAGUCAACAUCAGCGAGAUGCUCGAGUACGGUCGCUCGACCGCGUUCUUGCGUCGCGUGUCUGGCAUCAUGGGCCGCGACACAAUCUCAGGUCUGAGCGCAAGCCCCAUCCUGAAUGGCAGAGUCAAGGUCACCAAGAGGCCGGAGAACGAGGAGAGCCAAGAUUCACUCACCUUGUCUGAGGCAGACGCCGCGCCCCCCAAGCCCGAGCUGCCAACGGGCCUGCCUAACUUCCCUCGCACCUCCGCAGUCAUACGCCCGAUCCCCAACCCGUACAUCACGAUUACCUUCACCUUCUUGGCUAUGACCCUCGAGAAUAAGAGCACCAAAGAUACCCCACAAGAGGACUGGUGCAUGUGCAGCUUCUGGGACAAGGCAACAUGCAGCGAGAAGUCACUCGAGAGCGAGGCCCUUGAUAAUAUCACGCAGGCCGCAGACGCACAAGACGGUGUCAUCGAGGAUGAUGCUGAGAACGACGAGCAAGCAAAGCUCUGCAAAGCCCCAGUGCACAGAGGUCUUAGCCCGCUGGAUUUGUGUCGCAGCAGGCAUGGUGAGUGGAGCAUUGAGAGCUGGCUCACUGAUCGCAUCACCUGUUGGCAAGAGGACGCACGGUUCGAGAAGCCUGAGGAGGCAUGGCUCGAAAAGCUUGAGAAGCCGUGCCAGCUGAUGGGCACGCGCUGGGACAAUGACAGACGAGAUGGAGGUCGAUGA